UUCAGUGCGCGUCGAGCGUUCAAACAGCAACAAUGUUUUUAUUAAUUCUCGCAAGUAUUUUAAUCGGUAUACUCGGCCUAUGGUACUACAAAUUCUUCCAUUAUUAUGGAUAUCUUAAGAAGAUACCUGCACCAACAGUUUGGCCAGUAUUGGGCAACGCGAUUGAAUUCCACGAUAAUGACGCGUUUCUUAUAAAUCUAGAACGUAAUUUCCGACAAUUAAACACGAAAACACUACGGAUACAUUUACCAACACAAACUGUAAUCAUGACGAAAGAAUAUAAACUAAUUGAAUACAUUCUGGGAAGUCAACAGUUAAUCAACAAAGGAUUCGAAUAUGAUUUCUUUUUAAAUUGGCUUGGAUUGAGUGUAUUUACAAGCUCAGGUCAACAAUGGCGGAGCAAACGUAAAAUGUUGACGCCCACAUUCCACUUUCAGAUCCUCGAACAAUUCCACGAUGUUUUCAACAAAAACGGCGCUGUUUUAGUGAAUAAACUCAAAAAACAAAUUGGUACACCCGGUUUUGACGUUUACCCAUACUCAACACUCUGUACACUCGAUGUAAUAUGCGAGACUGCAAUGGGGACUUCCGUAAAUGCGCAAUUGGAAGAAGAUUCGGCUUACGUCAAAGCUAUUAGCGUAAUGGGAAAAAUAGUACCAGCACGUGCUGUUAAUCUUAUGUAUUCUUCUGAUUUCCUGUAUAAAUUCACUGCUAUGUAUAAAGAAGAACAAGAACACAUCGCGUAUGUUCGUAAUUAUCACAAUAACAUCAUACAGAAUCGCAGGAAGAAGUUUAUGGAGGAACAAAAGUCAAAACUUGUUGAUAUUGAUGAAGAUGAUUUAGGUAGGAAGAAAAAAGUGCCGUUUUUGGAUUUGUUGAUUCAAACGACUAUUGAUGGUCAACCAUUGAGUGAUGAAGAGAUUGCUAGUGAAGUUGCUACUUUUAUGUUUGCUGGACAUGAUACUACUUCGGGAACGUUGAGUUUUGCGCUGUAUGCGCUUGGGAAUCAUCCGGAGGUGCAGCAGAAAUGUUUUGAGGAGUUGAAGGAUAUUUUUGGGGAUGAUAAAGAGAGGCCUAGUACUUUGGCGGAUAUACAGGAGAUGAAAUAUUUGGAGUUGGUUAUUAAGGAGACUUUGAGGAUGUAUCCGGCUGCUCCUAACUUUACAAGGACUGUUUUGGAGGAUUUUACUGUUGAUGGAAUAACAUACCCCAAAGGUAUAACAAUCGGCAUUGCUGCUUACGGUAUCCAUCACGACGAAGAAAUCUACCCAAACCCCGAAAAAUUCGACCCCGAACGUUUCUCCCGAGAAAGAAACGACGGAAAGAAACCAUUUGCAUUUAUCCCAUUCAGUGCCGGCCCAAGAAAUUGCAUCGGACAAAAAUUCGCCAUGUUGGAGUUAAAAACACUCCUAAGCACGAUUUUAAGAAACGUUGAAGUGAAACCUGCUUCACCAGUUCACAAACUUAAUCUGGUCCCGUCCAUUGUAUUAAAGUCAACCAACGGUAUUAAAAUCGCUGUGGCCGAGCGCAAAUAUAAAUAAAAACAUAAAUGUAAAUAAUAAUUAAACACGUAGACAUCAAGGUCAUACGAGGUAUUAAUCGGUAUUUUCGUAACUUUAUAAUGACGUAAUUAUGAUGACAAGCCAAAUAUACACUUGAUAUAUCAUUAUCUCGAUGGUUCCAGACUAUUAUUAGCUAAUGUUCAUCAUGAUAUUGCAUUUUGUACAAGUAUCACCACAACACGUAACAUAAAACACGUUUUUUCGAUGUGUUUACUAUUUCUACCGCUAUAUACUCCAAUAAAUUCAGUCUGUGUAUGGUA